CAGAACUCGCCAAACCGAAUUCCCCUUCUCUCUCUAUCUGCACCGUGAAGUACUGAAAAUGCUUGCGCUCAAGUCGGAAGAGCAUAGCCAGUUACAGCUCGUCGAGCGGGAGGAGAUAGACGAUGAAGAGGACUUGUUCGAAGCGAUAGACAAGCUGAUUUCUCAUGGAAUCAAUGCUGGGGAUGUCAAGAAGCUUCAAGAUGCCGGUAUCUACACCUGCAAUGGAUUGAUGAUGCAUACUAAGAAGAAUUUGACCGGGAUUAGAGGGUUAUCUGAGGCCAAAGUUGAUAAAAUAUGCGAAGCUGCUGAGAAAAUAGUGAAUUUUGGCUAUAUUACAGGAAGCGAUGCUCUACUUAGAAGAAAGUCAGUGGUCCGCAUCACCACUGGAAGCCAGGCUCUGGAUGAACUCCUGGGUGGCGGUAUAGAAACUUCGGCAAUUACAGAAGCUUUUGGGGAAUUCAGAUCUGGGAAGACACAACUAGCGCACACACUCUGCGUUUCUACACAGCUUCCAACUAGCAUGCGAGGAGGAAAUGGAAAAGUUGCAUACAUUGACACUGAAGGAACUUUCCGGCCUGACCGAAUAGUUCCAAUAGCUGCAAGGUUUGGCAUGGAUGCUGGAGCUGUCCUUGAUAAUAUCAUUUAUGCCCGUGCAUACACGUAUGAACAUCAGUACAACCUACUUGUUGGUCUGGCUGCCAAAAUGUCCGAGGAACCUUUCAGACUACUGGUUGUGGAUUCAGUAAUUGCUCUGUUUCGAGUGGAUUUCACUGGAAGAGGAGAGCUUGCAGAGCGCCAGCAAAAGCUGGCUCAAAUGCUUUCCCGAUUAACAAAGAUUGCUGAAGAGUUCAAUGUUGCAGUCUACAUGACCAACCAAGUUAUUGCUGAUCCAGGAGGCGGGGUCUUCAUAUCAGAUCCAAAGAAGCCAGCAGGAGGUCAUGUGCUUGCUCAUGCUGCCACAAUCAGGUUGAUGUUCAGAAAGGGCAAAGGUGAACAGCGUGUCUGCAAGGUAUUCGAUGCCCCUAAUCUGCCGGAAGCUGAAGCAAUAUCCUUCGCCUGUUUCUCCAUUCUUGCUUAAUUUUAUCUUUCAUCAUAUAAAGAUCUUUUUAAUCAUUUGCAUCUGUCCUUCAGCAGUGACCAUUCUGUUUUAUGAGCAAACAGGCAACCUAGAAUCAUGCACUGCCUAGUGCCAUUUUAGGUAUUGGUCAUAAGCAAAACAAUC